AGAUUUAUUUAUAUUUCGGCUUCCUUUAGCAUUGUGAUGAGCCUGUAAGGCAAAACUCGGGGUCAAAUCUAUAAUGUAUACCUGUUCGUUUCAGUAAGGCUCGGUAGAUGAGCUAGCUACCUAACGGCUGUCGGCGCUGUUGCUAACACAUGCUAACUAUACCAGCUCUCCAGCUUGAUGUGUCUGAGAGCUGAUAGCCAGCGCACUGGCUUGCUUUGUAUGAUGCCGACUACAGUUUAACUGUCCAUGCUAGCGAGCUAAGUGUGUGAGGAACGUGAAAGAAGAGAGGCUUGGCAGCACCCUCUAACACCACCACCACCACCACCGGCAGCAUCCACUGGUAAUCUUGACUACGGCUGUCUAUUGUCGCUAGCUGAAGUUCCUCCUCCGUUUGUGGAUGAGGUAGUUAAGCUAGCUCAGACGAACCGGGGCGGCAGUCUAUACAUGUCUAUCUGUCGACCACGAGGCGAGCUGCGAAAGGCAAAUCUUGCAGUUCAUGUUUCGCCAAGAGGUCGGUGUGGCGUCUUUUAUUCCAUCCUGUUCGUAUCUUUUCCAACACGAGAAGAGGAAUAUGUCCAGAUAUAACAUAUACAGCCUGCUGGACUGGAUCUACGGCGGGGUGGACCCCAAGUUUGAGGGCAACGGGGGCCCCGAGUGUGCUGCCUUCCUCGCUCCACAGCAGCGCAUCAGCGAGAGUCUGGUCAUCGUCCUCAUCUCCCUGGUGGAGAUUCUGGUGGCACUGAAGAAAAUAAACAUCUCCAAAGAGCUCAGAGUAGCCGGGAAAGACUGCAUAAGGGCAAAGGAGGAUAGUCUGGGCAAGAACCUGUUGCUGGUUACCCUGUGCAUGACUUUCGGAGUGGAGGUUGGCUUCAAGUUUGCAACCAAGACUUUGAUAUAUCUGCUGAAUCCUUGCCAUGUCGUCACCAUGGUGCAGAUCUUCCUGCUGGCCUGCCCGCCAUGUAAGACAGCUAUGGUUGUGUUCAGGCUGCAGGUCCACAUGUUGAAUGGUGCAUUACUUGCUUUAAUGUUCCCUGUAGUCAACACCAGACUGCUGCCAUUUGAGAAAGAGAUCUAUUACAUCCAGCACUCCAUGAUGUACCUGGUGCCUGUUUAUCUUUUCAGGAAAGGAGGUGUGUACAAGCCUGAGCCUCUGGGAGAUAUGUGGUGGGCUGUGCUCUCUACAGGCAUCCUGUUCUUCUAUCACUUCACCUUCCUGCAGCUCCUUGGCCUGGCGACUGAGGUCAACUUGAAUAACAUGCUCUGCCCGGCUGUGUCCGACCCAUUUUACGGCCCUUGGUACCGGGUUUGGGCGACGGGCCACCAGACCUUGCUGACGCUCAUCCACGGGAAGCUCCUCACACUCCUCUCGCAGCACAGCGGCACCGCCUGCAGAUACCUGCUGGACACACUCAGACUGCGCAGCAAGAAAGUUGACUGAAUGUCCACGAAGGUGCAUUCAGACCUAGCCUUUCACUCCUUUUACUCCAAAUGCCUGCUUUUACAGUGUCUUUUUUUUUGUCUUUCUUUUUAAAGCAACAUUUUAAUGCAUCUUUUAAGACUUGUUUCACAGAAACAAGCGAGCAUUUCAGGGCCAGUGAAUCUUCGUGUCAUUCUUUUAGCGUUGUAGUUGGCUUGCAUGCACAAACGUACCAGGCAUUUUAAAGCUGGCACUUAGAAUUGUGGCGUUGGCCAGAUUUUAGCCCUUGUUCGUUUUUUUUUUUUUUUUUUGUUGUUGUUGUUUUUUAUUUUCAGAAAUAUGUCAGCGAAUUUGUGGCAAUUACUCCAGCUGCUUCUUUUUAAGCUUUGAGGACAGAAAAUAGGGGUCACCCAAAUGUCACUACUGAUCUCCAGCUGUUACACUUUUCUGAUUGUUGUCGGGGGGGUUUUUAAAGUUGCACUAGAUCAUAUGUUAGCGAGUUUAUUUGCUUCAAACUUGAACUUUGGAGCUGAAUGAAAAUCUGAGCAGUUGUAAAAGUUACUGCCUGUGUAUAGCGUGAGGAUUUCUGUUUGACACUCUCAGUGUUGUUACGACUGAAAGCUUUCUGGCGUUCUUCUGUUCCCACUUGACUCCACGGCUGUGCGGGUUAUGAAAGCAUCGCCGUGGAGGUUUCUUUUGCCUUUCUGUCUCCAACUUGUUCAGAUCAUUCCAGUUGUGAUAAUCAGGGGACAGGAGGGUGUAUUAGAUGCUGCGACUCAAAGCAGUGAAAGAGGAUCCAGAAAUCUACAGUGGGAUGUUAAUAUUAUCUCUGUGAAGGAGUUUUUUUGUUUAUUAGUCUUUGUUUUAUUGUGCCGUUAGACCAUAAUAAGUGAAGUAUAAUCUCGAGUGGGAGGAAUUCGGUGUUUCCCAAGAUAAAGUGUCUUUCUGGGUUGGAUUAAUGUAUCUUACAAAACAUCCAUUCUCUCCACCGCAACUGUAACGAGCCACACUCCAGUUUGUUUUUAAGAAAUGCAUCUGAUGUUCUGCAUCAGGUCACUGUGGGUCAUUUAUUCAUGGCCCGUUUGAAAGGAAGUAUUAACUGAUAAGUUAGAAGAUGUCAGUCAUGGUAUGUAUCAUUUCAAAUAUGAGGGAUGUGUGUAUAUUACUGUAGCAUAUUCUAAACUUCACUGCAAAGAAGGGAUAAGAGGAACUUUUGUAUUUCUAUCAGUUUGAGUGUAUGUGCUGUAUUGAAAAUAAAGGUGAUUGUAGCUCA